AGCUGAUUGGCCCAGUCGUGGAACACCUGACCACAGCUGACCAAUCAAAUUCCUCUCCUGGGAAUUUGGAAUUGGGCCAUUCAGCCAGUUAACAGUGGGAAGCUGAGCAGAGGCAGAGUAGAAGCCCAGUUGGAGUGAGAGCCACAUGCAAGCCAAAAUGAUGGAGGAGCAGAAAAGCUCUGAGUAAGCAGAGAGAGUUGGUCCACAGAGACAAUGGAGCAGCCGCACAGAGAGCAGUGCAGCCAGGAGAACAUGCAGCCCCAGGGGGAGAGAUGGAGAGAGAGAGCAGCCGCCUGAGAGGCUGAUGGCUUCCCUGUUCCUGGCUCCAGCCCCCGUGCAUCCUGCCUGCAUAUCCAUCCCGGUGUUCAAGAAGGCGAGCCCCAAUGGAAAGCUCACCGUCUAUCUGGGAAAGCGGGACUUUGUGGACCACAUCGACCUCGUGGACCCCGUGGAUGGUGUGGUCCUGGUGGAUCCUGAGUAUCUCAAGGAGAGGAGAGUAUAUGUGACAUUGACCUGCGCCUUCCGCUAUGGCCGGGAGGACCUGGAUGUCUUGGGCCUGACCUUUCGCAAGGACCUGUUUGUGGCCAACGUGCAGUCCUUCCCACCGGCCCCCGAGGACAAGAAGCCCCUGACGCGGCUGCAGGAGCGCCUCAUCAAGAAGCUGGGCGAGCAUGCCUACCCCUUCACCUUUGAGAUCCCUCCCAACCUCCCAUGCUCUGUGACAUUGCAGCCGGGGCCUGAAGACACAGGGAAGGCCUGUGGUGUGGACUACGAAGUCAAAGCCUUCUGCGCGGAGAACCUGGAGGAGAAGAUCCACAAGCGGAAUUCUGUGCGCCUGGUCAUCCGGAAGGUUCAGUAUGCCCCAGAGAGGCCUGGCCCCCAGCCCACAGCCGAAACCACCAGGCAGUUCCUUAUGUCAGAUAAGCCCUUGCAUCUGGAGGCCUCCCUGGAUAAAGAGAUCUACUACCACGGAGAACCCAUCAGCGUCAAUGUCCAUGUCACUAACAACACCAACAAGACAGUGAAGAAGAUCAAGAUCUCGGUGCGCCAGUAUGCAGACAUCUGCCUUUUCAACACAGCCCAGUACAAGUGCCCCGUGGCCAUGGAAGAGGCUGAUGACACAGUGGCGCCCAGCUCCACAUUCUGCAAGGUCUACACGCUGACCCCCUUCCUGGCCAACAACCGAGAGAAGCGAGGCCUCGCCCUGGACGGGAAGCUCAAGCAUGAGGACACAAACCUGGCCUCCAGCACCCUGUUGAGGGAAGGAGCCAACCGGGAGAUCCUGGGCAUCAUUGUUUCCUACAAAGUGAAGGUGAAGCUGGUGGUGUCUCGGGGCGGCCUGUUGGGAGAUCUUGCAUCCAGUGAUGUGGCCGUGGAACUGCCCUUCACCCUAAUGCACCCCAAGCCCAAAGAGGAACCCCCACAUCGAGAAGUUACAGAGAACGAGGCGCCGGUAGAUACCAAUCUCAUAGAACUUGACACCAACGAUGACGACAUUGUGUUUGAGGACUUUGCCCGCCAGAGACUGAAGGGUGUGAAGGACGACAAGGAGGAAGAGGAGGAUGGUACCGGCUCUCCACAGCUCAACGACAGAUAGACUGGGGCCGGCCCUCCCUCCGGGCGGCUCCAGGUCCACUCUCACGCACUAGGAUGCUUGUUUGUCUUCUUCCUGUCCUGGUUCCCCCUCCCCUUUGUUCUUCCAGUUUCUUCCAGGGGGCCCAGUGGUCUUCCAGGUCAUGGUGGUGAACCUCUGGCCUCAGGAUUGGCCCACAUCACCAUGCCAGCAGGGCCACAUGCACCACCUUCACCCCCUCACUGAAGUCACCUCUCCAUCCCCCUCUCUUUUCCUGUUGACCCCCAGGAAAGCCACCAUGGCUCUGAAUUUGACUUUGGAUGGGGAGUGGAAACAGGAGAAUGGGGCACGAGGGCUUGGAUGGGUGGGGAUGGGGGCUCAAGACACAUGAGAGGAUGUCUACUGUCGCAGGCGAUUAACACAGUUCUGGCAGCUAAAACAUGACUGCAUUGAAGGCCACCCUCCUCUGGCUGGGAGGGCAGACCUGUGGAUGGAUUCUCCAUGCAGUUGUUUUUGCAGUUUGGACCCACCAAACACCUCUCCCUUUCCUCCCCUGUCUCUGCCCCAUGUUCCUCUGUGACUGACAGUGACAUUGGUGAAGGUUUGUAGACCCCAGGUGUGGAGAAAAGCAAUUGGACUUUCUUACCAGCAGUUACCUAGUCUAAGGCAAAUUGUGUGAGUUAGCUCAAGUUCUACUUCAGUAUCAUCAGGAUGUGAUAGCCCAGCUGUCUUUCAUCUUAUGUGUGUGUCCUGCCCACAGACAUGCAGAGAGAGAGAGAGAGAAGGGACAGUUCUUUAGAAAGCACCAAGCUCCUGAAGAGGUUGCCUGGGAGAUGGGGGCCAGGUGGGAAGAUGAGAGUCUGCUCACUCCCUUCUUUUGUAUACUUAUGAGGGAUCAGGAAUCCUGCAGGAGCAAGAGUGGAGGGCCAGAGGGGCUGGGGCCACCGGUGUCCUCCUGCCCUUGCGGUUCUCCAGGGCUAGGCUGGGCUGGCCCUGCAGGCUAGGAGAGAGCACCUGAGGCCACUGUGCCCACUGGCAAAGGGAAUCCUUCCCCAGAAGGUGGCAGGUCCAUCGACAUGCCCUCACCUAAAAGGAAGGGGGAUUCCUUUGUGUCCCUGGGGAGUUGAUGAUUCCCCCCCACCCAAGAAGUUCCCAGUGUCAUGGGUAUCCAGUACCCACUGGCUGGUGUUGGUGUGAUGGGGAUGUGGGGCAUUUCCAAGGCAAUGGAGCAGGCAGAUGAUGAGGCAGGAAGUGUUAAAAGGUAUCUGUUCUUGUCUGGCCUUUGAUGCCCACUUACUGUGUGACCUUGGGCAAGUUUCUUUUCCUCUCUGGGUCUCAGUUCUUUAGCAGAAAAGCCAAGGGAUUUGACUAGAUGAUCACAAAGGACUCUCCCAGCUCUGCCUCCAAGAAUUUGUGAACAUUAAAGCUUCUGUUCUGGUGGGCGGAGCCAGAGCCACUGACUCCGGUCUGUCUGCCACCGUUGAGGAUUCACUGGGCCCCAGGGAGUGCCUUGGAGAGCUGUUAGCACCACUACCUGUAUCAGCUUCAGCCCUGAGAAGGGUCCUUCUUGGGUCCCUGUGGGUGUUGCCUAAUGUCAAGCCAGCACGCACCACCUGGCCCCAGGGCCCCAGCAGCACCGAAGGCCAGAGCUUGUAUUUGCCGAGGCUUGGGGGAGGGGCUGCGCUAGGACCUUCUCACUCGCUUUGGAUGUCCUGAAGUUGGCCUUAUACCCAAGCAAAUAUAUUGAUUAGCAGGGCAAAGGGAUCUCUUGUUCCCUUCUAUCCUUGUCCCAUAUUUGUGAAAAGGGAGGCAACAAAAUUUUAUUAUACAAGCUGGAUUUCAGUGCUUUACAGUCCAGCCUCUCCUGAGGUGGACUUUAUAACCACUUUCCACGGUGAAAUGACCCAGUUCACACGCCUGGCCCUGCACCCUAGCCCUUCCCUUUUGGAUCUCAUGAAGACGCAACCCUCGGGACCCCUACCCUAGGUCAGAACCAAGUCAGCUCAGGGCAGACAAACUUCUCUGUCCAGUUCGGGGAUCCCAGCUGCAUACAGCCCCUUCCAGAGCUUGCUGGGCAGUUUGCACCUCAUUUGGGCAGGUGUAGAGUUGAUGAAGUUUUGGAACAACGCAUGGUAAGCAUAUGCUCUCCAGGGUCGUCUUCUGGAACCUUUAGGGCUGGUACAUGACCAUUUAGGAUUUGGAGUGAUCACUCACCUACAAAAUGACCUCUUCUAACCUGGUCACACAAAAGCUUUGUCAGGCUGGUUUCUUGACCUCUUUCCACUUGAAUAUCACACUCACCCUUUUGGGUUUAUCCUAGUGCUGAAAUGAAGUUUCUCCAGCUGUAAGAAGCAUCAUGGACCCAUUUAACCUUUUAUUUACUCUUUGGACCCAGGACUACAGAAGGGCAGUAGUCAAGAUCAUUUGAAUUUGGCUUAACCAUCCUUGGCUGACAACUUCUCCACUCUGUGCUGAGCACUGGAGACAGAGUUGGGUUGGUCCCAGCACCUGUCCUUGGAAAGCUUAUGAUCAAGGGAAAGUUACAGGGGGAAGUAACGGGGAAGGCAUUGCAUUCAGGGCUCCAUGGUUGCUGCUAGUCUGUAUAGUGCCUUGAUCUGAAUUAGAAAUGGUGCCCCUUCCAUGUGGAUUCAACCCAUGUUGAAGUGCACAGCUUCUUGAGAGGUCAUAGGCUGGAGUUUAGCCCCACUUGCCCCUGGGCUGGGCACCCUCCUGCACAUCCAUGCGCUGCAGCCCAGUGGGACACUAAAGCUUCUUCCUGAGAGAAAGGCCCAGAUCAUGUUUCCAAGCUUCUGGUUAGCUCCAGAUCCUGCUCCCCCGAGCCACCCAUGCACAACUGAGUCCUUCUCUGCAGGGCUCCUCUCCAUCUGGAGUCAGCCUGUGCAGGUGAGCCCGUGGAGUGAAAUUGGGAGUAAGGGAGCCAAACUGGGCCCCUGGCGCCAGCCCACAGUACUGGCUCUCCCUGUCCACACAUCUGGGGCUUGGGCUGGCCAUGCAGCUCCACACUGGGACUUUCCAGUAGGCCAGGUGGGUGACAUGUAGAUAGUAGUCUGGGCAGGAGGGAAGAGCAUGGCCCGGGGUGAAAGUAUGCAGGCAGAAGGCCAGCGGGGCUUCCUAAGCCUUCCAACCAUGAGAAGAGUUCAGUCCCUGUGGAGAGAAGGACUGAGUUCUUCGGCUGGACUCCACAGACCUCCUCAGUCCCAGAGCCUGGACCAGUGAGAGUGGGCUUGCUUGGGGUGUUGAUUCAGUUGGGGGAGUUGCUGACAAGCUGGUUCCCACAUGGUGCAGUAAAAAGCAAACUGGCCUGGAAGUCCACAAUUCUUCUCUGUUCCGGUUGUCACUACCUAGCUGAGUAGCCUUGAGCAACUCAUUCAACCUCUUGAUCUUGGUUUCCCUAACUGGAAAAUGGGACAGUAAUCCCUUCCCUGCCUGACUCAAGGAAUCUGUGAGGCCCAAAGGAGAUGAAAGUCAGUGGAGAUGAAAAUCAGUGGCGACGAAAGUCAGCUCUGUAAGUUUCCUGCCAUCAUGCAGGAGUAGCCUAGGGUCACACAGGAAGUUUGCUGUGGGCUGAGGCCUCCUCCCACCUGUCUUCAUCUCUUGCCCCCUCUCCCUUAUGCUGAGGUCAACCAGAACGAGAUGCGACCAGUUUGGCUUCGGUUACCCAGCUGAGAGGGAAAUUCAGAUUCUCUUCAGGGAUGCCAUGCCCACAGGCAGUGGUCCCAGCAGCCAAGACAGACAAGACAUGGAGAGUGUCAGUGAUUGGGGGGUGGGGGUGCAUCUUGGAUGCCUUGGCUCUGAUCCCAGGUUAGGAAGAGCCUCCAGCCCCCAGGCCCAGGAGAGGCUGAAACCCCCUCUACCCCAUGAGAGAACCCCAAGCAUGAGGUGGAUCAGAAACUGCCUGCCCCUUCCCUUCAAAUUACAAGGCCCCUCUAGUAUCAACCAGAGCUGCCAAUUGUCACUUCUUGGUGAUGCUUGGGAGAGAUUUGGGUCCAGGGGAAACCCAGGCCUCUUACUCUGAGAGCUGAGCCCCUGCUGACCCAACCCCAGUGGUUUCAGCAGCCCACAAAGGCAGCUUCCCUCCUGCCAGCGACUGGGGCUGGGCAUUCUCCAUCCAUCUCGGAGGGAGGCAUUAGGCCCCAGUCUUAAACACUUAUAGGAUCUCAUGGAUGUAAGCCCAUAUCUGUUCUGAUGUUUUUCUUUUUAACGUCAACAAGGACCAAAACAGACUCCCCCAACCCUCGUGCAUAAGCCUGCAUUGGGCCUAGGACUUUGCUAUCCUGGCCCAGGCAGCUCCAUCACUUUUGUCCUCUCUCCAGGACUGAAAUGGCCUACCUGUGGGGCUGGAUCCCCACCUCUGCCACUCCCCUGUAAGCUCACUGCACAGCUGCUUAAAAGAGAGGCCCAUUGAGGGAGAACAUCCUCCCCCGUCACUCAGUCCCAAGUCUUCACCCCAAAAGGGAAGUCAAGCACAGGUCCCCAGGACCCAUGAUCUAUAGACUCUGACACACUGGUUUUCAAAUCAGGUGCUGUGGAACCCCUGGUGUUCCACAGAGCUUUGUCAGGGGCUGCUAAGGUGGGAAGAUGAGGGUGGAGGCAAAGGAUAGGUCUCCAGCCCUCCCCCCAUUCCUACUUCCACCAGGACAAUGCCGCUUUUAUCUGUCUUGCCUGUUGAAGUUUCACUUUCAAACUUUCUUCUGAAGAAAAACUUCUUCAAACCACUAUUCUGAGGUUUGAUCUUAGACCAGCAAGCACAGGUUCUAUUCUGGCUUUUCAUGUUGGAAUGGCUCUAGCAUUCCAAUGCGAAGUAUCUUUGUAUUGGAACUUGGGUCACAGACCCAGUCCCAAGCACUUGCUUAUUCACACACACACAGACACACACACACACGUACACAUUUGAUGGCCUUGUAGUCCCCACUCCCCCUGAAGCUCUGGCUUCGGUUUGAUUUGGGCAGGGGCCUGGUGCUGUGAGGAUGGGUCUUUGCCCUGAUAUUGGCCCAUGCAGCGUGGGGGACGGUGGAGGAAGCAAAGAGGCCCAACCCCCUCUCAGGACUUGCGUCUGUGCCCCAGUGUGACAUCCCCCUUCCCUGGCCCAGGCCAAUGACAGAGGAGCAAUGUAAUGGGAGGAGAAACUAGUUAGUUUCCUCUUUAGUACAGCCAGGUGGAUGGAAGUCUUGGUUUCAUAAAAGAAAUGCUGAGGGAGGACUUUAUGACACAAGUCCCUCCUAUGAAGGCAAGAUUACAGAGACCUUUUAAGAAGCAAAUUUCCCUUGAGCAAUUCUAAUAAGACUCCAUUCCCAUAUUUAUGGUCAACUGAGUGUGUGGCAACAGGAGGGUGCCUGAAGAGAGGCUGGUUCCCCACCCAUAGCCCCCCAAUUCUCUCCCUGCUGGCCUGCCCCUCUGCCCAAGUCCCUCACCAGGGUUGAUGAAGAGGUGGGCACUUUGGGGACCCAGCCCUUGGCAUAGAAUCCUGCCUGUCCCCGACUCUGGGCAUUUCAGGUGAAAAUGUGAGACUCAGGGUACAGCAAGCCAUGUGGCAUGGGAGAAGUGCCAACUGGUGUCGUCCGUUCAGUGUGAGUGUGCCUCUGGGAACCUGACCUCAGUUUCCCCUUGUGUAAGAUGAUAGUACCAGGCUCUGCCACCUCAGAGGGAUUACUACAAGUGUCUAGAUAAGUGGGUAUGAUGGAGGGGUCACAAACUCAGGAUGUGGUCACAGUCUGCCCUGCAGAUCAGCAGAGCACUCGGUGGGAUGAGCGUAGGAUACACCAUCUUCCCGGGGCACCACUGCUCAGUGUUAGGGUCUAGCCACAGAUUCUGAGGGUUGGUGGGGGCUGCCUCUUCCUUCCCAGUGGGAGCCUGAUUGAGCCUGGAACUGUGUGUGGAUCCUGGGUGUGGGGAGGGACAAGCAACUGGGAUGGGCCUCCAGGUCUGUGGCCCUUUUGUUGAGUGACUCUUUUGUGAUGCCCUUAUUCCUGGAGCACCUGCCAGGUUUAUCUGUUGUACCUAUGGCAUUCCUUAUUAUGUCAGAUAAGUUAUUACAGUUUAUUCAGCUCUAACAGGACAAAUGAACAAAGGGAUCAUAAAUAGGAGACCAUUAAAGGUCUUUUGUGAGA